GGUGGGUCGCUGUCAUGAAGAUUGUAAUGUGUGUCAUGUCCCUGUGUGCCCCCAGCUCUUCUGUCUUCAACUAGCAACCGGGCCACUUUGCAAUCAUGGAAUUUUAAGAAGAAGAAACGUCUUCAGAGCGGGGGGAGCUCCCCUCCCUCUGACCUAGCUGCCUCCUCUCUGCGUUGGACUCAUGGCAGGAACUUAAAAACAGAGGACUGUAGCACAUAGUUCUAUUUUUGUAUAGACGUUAAGGACAGCAUUGGCUGGUUUACAUUUGUACAAAUAUUUAUUAUUAAUAAUAUAGUGCCAAAGGAGUUUUGACACUCACAAAUGAAGGAGACAAUGUUUGUUUUUCUGUUGUGUGGCUGAUCUGUGCUUUUGGAAUCUGCUAAUAUUUAAGUAGUUUUUCCCCCCUCCCCCCAAAAAUGGAUUUGGUAUGGCCAGAAUGUACGACACGGUGCCGCUCUCUGCAGCAUGCUUUGGAUGUGAUCUCGGUAGUGACCCGGGGAAGUGAGCAGCAAAUUAAGGCUUUCCUCUCCUCCUACUGCUGCAAUGCCACUACAUUAAAGGAUGAUUAUGGGCGCAACGCUCUUCACAUUGCCGCGUCCUGUGGAAAGAAAGAAGUGCUGGAUUGGUUGGCGUCAAAAGGGGUGGACUUGUCGGUGAAAGACAAAGAAUCUGGGUGGACAGCAUUCCACAGAAGUAUCUUUUAUGGGCAUAUUCAUUGUGCAUUUUCUCUCUUAAAGCUUGGGAGUAAUCUGCACGUUCAGGAUAAAGAUGGAUUUUCUCCCUUGGAUCUUGUAAUGAAAGACCGUCCUUCCCAUGUUGUUUUUCAGAGCAGCGAUCCCACUGAAGUUUUCACGUGGGGAAAUAAUAUUAAUUUCACUUUGGGCCAUGGAAGCCAACAAAGUAAACAUCACCCAGAAGUAGUGGACAUGUUUCCUCGCUCAGGCAUAUAUAUCAAACAGAUGGUACUUUGCAAGUUUCACUCAGUCUUCCUGUCUCAGAAAGGGCAGCUUUACACUUGUGGCCAUGGUCAGGGUGGUCGGCUUGGUCACGGCGAUGAACUCACAUGUCUGGUACCAAGAUUGGUGGAAGGUCUGACUGGUCACCCUUGUAGUCAGGUGGCUGCUGCCAAGGACCAUACCGUAGUAUUGACAGAGGAUGGAUUUGUGUACACAUUUGGCUUAAACACUUUUCAUCAACUAGGCAUAUUACCUCCCCCUUCAAGCUGUAAUAUUCCUAGACAGGUUCAAGCCAAAACUUUGAAAGGCAAAUCAGUGAUAGGGGUGACUGCUGGAAGGUUUCACACUGUCCUGUGGAGUAGAGAUGCAGUGUAUACAAUGGGACUAAAUGGAGGUCAAUUAGGAUACCUGGUAGAUCCCAAUGGAGAAAAGCUUGUCAGCAGUCCUCGGCAAGUCUCUGCUCUGCACCAUAAAGACAUUAGUAUAUCUCUUGUGGCUGCUAGUAAUGGAGCUACAGUCUGUGUUACUGAUAGAGGAGACCUAUACCUUCUUACAGAGUACCAGUGCAAGAAGCUAGCAUCAAAGCAACUAAACUUAAAAAAAGUUCUUGUUUGUGGAGGAUAUUUGGAUCAAAAAGCCGAUACGCAGCAUCUCAAAGAAAAUGGUGGCCAGUCUGUUAGUAUACUUGCCUUGGAUCAAGCUGGAAGAGUAUUUUGCUGGAAGUCUUCCAGCACUUCGCUGAAGCAGUGCCGUUGGGUUUAUGGCCGCCAAGUGUUUAUGUCUGAUUUUGCCCUUAAUAAGAAUGAAAUGCUGUUUAUCACUCCAGAAGGUGAAGGGUUUACUGGAAAGUGGAUGUGUGAGAAGAAAAACUGCACAGAUAAAAAAGGGGGUUUAAUAUUCUCAUUGAUCGUAGUGUUUUGUUCUCCUGCAGCGCAUUAUGUGUCAGGGCUGGCUGCCUCUUAUCUCCUUUUACUACUUGCACUGGCAAUUGAGCCUCUGCUCCUUAUAAUACAGUCUACUGAAGUGGUGGGCUUUGUAAAAGGUCAAGAGGAUAUACAUGCAUUUAUAUUUUUCCCAACCUCACCUCACUCAUUCAAAACAAAUCUCCUUUUUGAAGUCCCUGUGGUGUCUUCCUCAAUUUUUGCUGAAGAUUUUGGUAAACUGCUUGAAGAAGUUGACGAGCUGGACAACAUUCACGAUGUGACUUUCCUGGUGGGUUCCCAGACAUUUCCUGCACACAAAUACAUACUGUCCAUGAAAUGCGACUACUUCCGCAAGCUGUUUUCUUCAGGGGACAGUAACCAAGCUGACUUUCAAGAUCUCUACCAUAAUGGAGAGGAUUCAGCAGGGCAUGAUCUGAUUGUCAUUGAGAAAGUCCCCCCAGGGCUUUUCACUUACAUCCUGCAGUUUGUGUACACUGACACAUGUGACAUGUUGGUCUACGGUCACAAACCCAGAUUUGUCUUCAAAGAAAAAAUAGAAGAAAAUCAAGAUAACAUCAUUUCAGAUUUCCAGAAGAUUCACUUUCAUGAGGAUGGCAAAGGCAAGUCUGCCUAUGAGGUGUACAAGAACAGCCAGAUCUGUGCGAACAUUGACAAAAAAAAGGGCAAAACAAAGCCGUCCAAAAAGAGCAAAUAUGUUAGUGAAGAAACUAGCCCUGUUAAAAUGCUGCAGAAUCUAGCCAAGAGGUUUGGCCUCAGCAAUUUGAGUUCAAGGCUGGAUGGCGUUCGAUAUGAAAAUGGAGCAAUUAAUGUUGUAAACAAGAAAAGUGGGAACAAGCAAAGAUUUAACCAAAAGAAAUGUACCUCGUUGUGUGAUGUAACAAUGAGAUCAGAGGAUGGAAAAGAAUUUAACUGCCAUAAAUGUGUUCUUUGUGCCAGGCUUGAAUACUUUCACUCCAUGCUUGGCAACCCUUGGAUUGAGGCAUCCUGCUGUACAGCUCUAGAAAUGCCCGUCCACUCGGAUGUAUUGCAGGUUAUUAUUGAGUAUAUCUACACCGAUGAAGCUCCUAGAGUAAAAGAGUCUGCAAACGUGGAGUUUAUAUGCAAUGUCCUAGUAAUGGCUGAUCAGCUACUUAUCAUUAGAUUGAAGGAGAUAUGCGAGGUCACACUUACUGAGAGACUUACCCUGAAAAAUGCUGCUGAGUUAUUGGAGUUUGCUGCUUUGUACAAUGCCAAUCAGCUGAAGCUUUCCUGUUUCCAGUUUAUAGGACUGAAUAUGGCAGCUUUGUUGGAAGCAAGGUCAUUGGAUGUUUUGAGUGAUGAUGUCCUGAAAGACCUGGCAGAUUCUUAUAGAAAAAUGAUUCCUGCCAUGGACAAGAGACUCCUUACCCCAUAUUUGGAUGGUCCUGACAUCAGCACUUUAGAGACAGAAGACAUUGAAAGUUUCAUGUCCAUCAGGGAGGACAGUUUUUCUGAACAAGCCACCCCAGAAACAGUUUUCAAAAAAACUAAAACUAAAGCCAAAAAGAAACCAAGGAAACGUUUGGACAGCUCUGGAGGAUACAACCUUUCUGACAUUAUUCAGAGCCCACCUUCAACAGGACUGUUCAAAUCAGAGAAAAACAAUUCUGUUGAGUCACUGCAGGACUUGCUGACUUCAGAUUCUGAAGGAAGCUUUGCAGGAGCAAGUAGCCCAAGAGAUUUGCAGUCACCUGAUUUUACUGCCGCAUUCAGUCCUGAGAAAAAGGAGGCAAAAAAUAAAGUUUGCAAUAUUAGCACCAGCAUCUCCCCACCGCCAGUAAGUGGGCCAGCUGCUAAAAAUGUGCCAAAACUCACAACUUCUUCUCCGAAGGCGAUUCCAAACAGCAAGCCUGCACCUACCACUUCUCCAAACUGGGUCACUGUGUCUUUCAGUCCCAUCAGUCCUCCUGCUAUGGAUCUCAGAAAAAUCAUGGAGAUAGAGGAAAAUAGUCAAAAAUUUGGAGCUACACCAAAACUGAGUACAGGGGUACAAAAGCCUAGCAUUCAUGGUACAAAGCUGUCUCAGAAGCAGCGGAAAAUGAUGGCAAUGUCUUCUAAAGAGAUUGGCAGCACAGAAAGUACAGUUAAGAGUGCUACAGUUACAAAUAGCAAGAGCACACCAAAAACAUGGUCCUCCUCUGUACAGUCUGCGUCAGAGCACAAGUCUUUCCGUGACCUCCUUCUUGAAGAACAAAAAUCCGUCAUCUCUCUAAAUUCACUGGGCAAUGCUGGUAAAAAAAACCUCCAGGCGGAGGAAACUGACCCUCGCAGAUUGGCAAGGAAACCCCCUGAAGCGGUGAUCCAGGAAGCCAAGCUGAAAUGUGAUGUGCCACAGCAAGACACUUCAAACCCGUGGCUUUCAUCGUUAAGCAAGAACAAAUCAUCCGUGGUCCCUGUCACUUUUACUGCCAUUGUGGAGGAGGAGAAGCAACAGGAAGCUGCUCUUAUAAGGAGUCGGGAAAAGCCGUUGGCACUGAUUCAGGUUGAAGAACGUGCAAUUCAGGAUCUGUUGGUACAUUACCAGGCCAUAGAUAACCCAGAGGAAUAUAUAACUAUUGAACGCUCACCUCAGGGCCCAAUGGCAGCUCCAAUGUGGAACAAGCAUUAAUUAUAACAU